AGUGUGCAUGUGAACUGUACGAGUAUUGUUGUUCUAGUUACGUUGUUAUUUGUGUAUUUCAAAACAAGUGUCUAUCGAAAAGCCCGACGAAUUUUAGGUCGCCAAAUUGAAAAUCGCCGAAAGAAAUGGCAGUUUUCAAUCUAUGAAAUACUAUUUAAUCCAAAUUAACGGUGUAAAAUGCGAUUGUUGUAAAUGAACCAGUGAAAACCAUGUCGAAGGUAACAAAGCAAAAUUCCGUAUUGAAAGAGGUGCACAAGGAUGAAUUGAAAAGCACAACAAAACUUACGGCUAAUGGUGGUUUAAAAGAGGAAAAGCGAAAAAUUGGUAAAGAAAUUGGAGUCGAUGAGAAGAAAAGCGAGAAAAAACCGUCAACAAAAUCCACUUUAAAUGGAAAAAGUGAAAAGGGGCCGGAGAAAAAAACAAAAACAGAGUCGAAAGUACGAACCGAAACGAAAACUAGAUCCGAAACGAAAAUAAAAACUGAAUCAAAACCAAAAUCAAGAACGGAAUCCAAGUCGAUGGCUGUACAAAAUGGUAAAUCAGUGCAAAAAGUGUCAUCGGUUGAUAAAUCCGAUAAGAAACGAUCGUCGUCGACCGACAAACGGUCAAUGUCGAUUGAGAAACGGUCGUCAUCGACUGAAAAAUCUGAAGAAAAACGUCCUAAAGAUAAAGUCAGUUCAAAACCAAAAGAUGCAACUCGAUCAAAAGUGAAAACCGGUGAGUCAUCGUCGGUGGUGAAAAGUGUGUCGAAACGUCAAUCGGUGCCAUUGAAGGCGUCACAUGCAAUUGGUGCCAAAGCGAAUGCUUCAACAAGCAUUUCAUCAAAGAAUGUAAUGAAUCAAGUGCACAAUGUGACAGUCUCAUCACCGCCUCCAGUCCGACGUGAAAUUGGGGCCGUUGAAACAGAAUCUGAGCAGCAGCGCACAGAACAAACGAUAAUGGAAUAUGAACAAAUACAACGACAAAAGCACAAGGAGCAACAAAUUCAGCAGAAAGAAUUGGAAGAGAAGCAACAGAGGGAGCGUAGGGAAAAGCAGCAGAAAUUGGAAGAGAAAGAGCGAAUUAGGCAGCAGCAGCAGCAGCAACAACAAAUAGAGCAACCGAAGCAGCAGACCGAAGCACAGAAUGGACAACAACCAGAACAGUCUGAAUCGUUGCCGAAAAGAGGUCGAACACGAACACGCACUUUAGAAGAAAGUGAAAUUGUUUUGCUGAAGCCAAAUCCAAACUCAAAUUCAGUGUCGAUAUCAAAUGGAAGUGAACCGCAAUCGCUAGUGAAUGAAAGUAGUCCAGUUGAAAUCAAGCCGCCGGUUUCAUUUGAAGUCAUUUUGGAUGGUGCAAAGAAUGCGAAUAAAUCCUCCGUUAAAAUGCAUGAGUCGAUUCGAUCCGUGGAGCCAGUUGCAGACAAUGGACUCGAUGCUAGCGAUAAUGAGUCAGAGGAUUAUGAAGAUGAUUUUGAAUCGUACGAAUCGGAUUUCGAAAGUGAAAUUCCCGACGAAGAUGACACUGAUGAAAGCGACGACGACGACGAAGAGUCUCAAGAGGAAACCACCAUCUCAAGUGGUGAAAGUGAUACCGAUGACAAUGUGGUAAGCACAGCGUCGAGGCAUCCCUUCGAAACGGGCCAUUCAAUUGAAAAUAGUGAAUUUGAUUCGGGAUCAUUUGAACUGAAGGUAUUAUCGGGUCGAGCGCGUGAUCGCAACGAACCUACCGCUGCUAUAAAUCGCCGCGAGAAACAGAUCGAAAUGCAAAUUGAUUCAGGCAUUGAAAAUUAUUCCAACACAGUAAAUGCAUUGAUACCAACGCAAAACGGCCAAAUGAACUCGCUGGAUCACAAUAACAAAACUUUCGAUAAUAUUUCGGACAUUGAAACUGAAGGCGUCAACAGUCUGGAGACCGCAAACAAAGUGAACAGUGGCAAAAUCAAUAAGAAUAAAUCACGAUUAGCAAAACGUGGCGAAGAAUUGUUAAGCAAAAUUACAUUAGACAUUAUGAAUUAUGUGUUAUUCGACUCGAAACCCAUUCCGUAUGAAGUGUUUAUGAAAAUUUAUGGCAACAGUAAUACGGCACAGGUGGCCGUGCAAACGCAUAAUGAUCGAAUCGAUCAAGAAUGCCAAAGUGAUGCGAUCGCAAUACAAACCACUUGGUCACAGUAUCCGAUUUCAUUUUAUACGGAACACAUCGGUCGGUUCGAUUUCGAUGACUAUAAAAUUGGUUGUGGCUCAGUUGCAGAACAAAACAUUGACAAAUCUACGGAAAAUCUGGAUAGAACGUGUGAACACAGUUUGAAACUCAUUCGAAAUAUGACAGUGAAAACGAUUGCCACCGAUGACGCGAAAGAUGAAAAAGCGGGUAAACCCAUUCGCAACAUUGAUUAUGAAAAUUUGAAUCGGUUUUUGUUGGAGAGUGAAAUGACAUUGUCACGCAUUUUAAAUGUGCAUGCACAAAAAAGGGCAGGAAAAUUAAAUGAAGCGGUACUUCCCAUUAGCAACGGUUUUCUUACACUCAAUCCAAAUAUCAAUCGCGUAAAUAAGCGGAUUCAUCGAACGUUUGCAACGGAUGCUUUACCGGGAUUUUUAUUCACACUGCAUCGUGAUAGUGACAGUGAAUUGAAUGUGAUCGCCAUGUGGAAUUUGGUUUCAUUACAUUCACCCGUUUGCUUGCUUUCAGUGUGGUCAAAAGUGUUGUGUCUCGAGAUUCAUCCGAAAAUUAAGGACAUCGUUUUCGCCGGUCUCGAUGACGGAUCGAUUGCGGUGUGGGAUUACUCCGAAUCAAAAUAUUGGCAUCCAAAUAUAGAUGGCGAGAUCAAACGAUUGGUCCCAUCGCAAAUAACAACGCCAACCUUUGAUAAUAAAAAAAUCACCGAUUUUGGGCGAUGCAUAUCGAUACGGGGAUUGCCAAUUGCUGCUGACACCGAACUUCUCAACGGAUACGAUCCGAAACAGAUGUGUUCCUUGCACGAGUGUGGUUUGUUAAUUUUGUGGACGGUAUUGAGUAAUGCGACGGGUGUAUAUACGGAUUUAUCAAAUAAACGGAUCGAUCAUCAGUCGAUAUGGAGCAAAGUGAAAUUGAUUCAAAACAAAGCAAUCGAUUUGCGUUCAUCGGUUCGGCAAAUGGUUCAAUUGAAAAUGUCACGACCGACGUCAAAAUCGUUCGACAAAACGCGGUCAUACUUCGAAAGUGAACUGUUCAGUGACUCAGCACUGCAGGAACUGCACGAAAUGAAUGCGAUCGAAGAGAAAAUCCUAACCAAUUUCCGGUGCACUGCCAUUGAAUUGACGAGUGAAGGCAUUUUAAUAUCAACCAAUGAGAAUUUCCUACUUUUUGGUCGAAAAUCGUUCAAAAACGAAUCGUUUCGUCGAAUUCAAAUCGAUUCAAAUCGAAGUGUACGCGUUGAGAGUAUGGUGGCGCUAACGGGGUUCGAUGAUGACAUUGUUAUCAUAGCGUUGAACAAUGGUGCGGUUAAGUCGUUGUGCUGUGAUCAAAAUAUUGAACAAAUAGACGAUUCGCAGGCAAACAGUGACAUCGAAGAGAGUUCGUCGUCAAUUUCAUCCCUAACACCACCCACUGGCAAUGGAAAAGCUUCGAACGUAAGCUUUCCGAUAGAAACAUUCGAUUAUUCGAUGGCGUCACCAUCGAAUGGUCCUGUUCAAGUUGCAUUGGCUGCUCCACUUCAAGCCGGCACUGGAUUUUUUGCCAACAACACUGGACCUAGUUUCGGUAAAUCAUGCACCAUUCAAAGUCUUGUGCAGAGUGAACGAAAAAUUUAUGAUGAGAUGCAAGCAAUGCACCACCUGGAAAAUAUGGAAUAUAAAGCGCCAUUGGAAACGGUACCCAUAAAAUUGUGUCAACGGUCCAUUCGAAGCACACAACUGAUGAGCGGCCAAACGAUUCUUAACAAUUCAAUGGAUGCAUUCUCGACACUGUCACGCCAAUACCUGGUGCAAUUAAUAAAAUCCAGGAAAUUGAUCACACUUCGCAAGAAUCGAUUGCGCAUCUACGAUUUAGUGACCAAUGAAAUUGUUAAUGUGCCAGCAAAACAGGUGAAAUUCACUGAAGUAACGGCAACCACAGCCGACCAAAAUGAAGAAUGUUUGAUACUACUAAACUCUGAGGGGAUCGUUGAACUACAUCAAAUCACCGUUGAACCGAACAGCUGUUAACAUUUUAAUCGAAUGCAAGAACCAAAUUCUAUUUCUUAUUCUUUUAUCGAGUGAAUUUUUAUAGAAAUUUACUGUAAACGCUGAUUCUUAAAUAAAAUUGUUACCUAAAUUGAUAUACAG